AUGGAAAACAAAACAGAACUUCUUAUUUAUAAAAAUAGCAUCCUUUUGUUGGAAGGACUGCCAGUCACAGAUCAAAACUUCUAUCCGGCCUUUAUACUUUUUCUCCUAGCGUAUGUCUUCAUCAUGGUGUCUAAUAUUGGACUGCUUGUCCUCAUCACUAUGGAGAAGGCCCUUCAUGAGCCUAUGUAUAUUCUACUGUGUAAUCUACCAGUAAACGAUGCACUGGGUGCCUCAAUCAUGAUACCUCGUUUGCUUUAUGAUGUUGUCAAGCCAGCAUCAGAGAGAUACAUCACCUUCUCCGAAUGUGUAAUUCAAGCGUAUGGAUCUCAUGUGUUUGGGACAACCUCUCACACAGCUCUGAUGAUCAUGGCCUUUGACAGAUACGUGGCCAUAUGCAACCCUUUACGGUACUCGACAAUCAUGACCAGCAAAAUGGUGAUUAAACUGUCUGCAUCAGCGUGGGGAGUGGCAUUUGUUUUGGUGGGAAUUUUACUGGGCCUCACUGUACGUUUGUCUCACUGUAGAUCAACCAUCCAACACCCAUUUUGUGACAAUGCAUCAUUAUUUAAACUGUCUUGUGAAGACGUGGUUAUCAAUAAUGUGUAUGGGCUAACUUUCACAGUGAUAUUGCUAGGUUCCUCUAUCGGAAGCGUGACUCUCACUUACCUAAAAAUAACUUUGGUGUGUUUAACAAGUAAAAACAAGGUGUUGAACAGCAGGGCCUUAAAAACAUGCAGCACACAUUUGAUUCUCUAUAUAAUGAUGCUGACGUGUGGAUUCACAAUAAUCUUUCUUCACCGGUUUCCUCAAUAUUCUGAUGAAAGAAAACUAUCUAGUAUCAUGUUCCAUGUUGUGCCGCCUUUUUUCAACCCCAUCAUAUAUGGUUUGCAAACCAAAGAAAUAAGACAAAAGUUCAUUCACAUUUUCCAAAGAAAUAAAGUGGCAGCAUAA